AACGAUGGCAUACUAAUGUAUCUGGUAAUGAUCUUUCACGACGCCUCGCAACACGUCGACCUUGGCAUUUUACGCAAAAAAUCCGCAGCCAAGCACCUCUCUCAUGUCAUCAUGCUCAUUAUGAAUUCGGAUACAGUGACAGAGAGUUGGUUGCGKCGCACCUUCGCGAUCUUUUGGAAAAUUUGGUUUCUCAACAUUGUGAUCAUGUUCAGAAGAGACAGUGUACUGCAAAUCUACAGAUACAAUCCGUUCGCCGAUGAAUUUCUCAUACAUAUACAGCUGGAUAACCAGAAAUUGCCGAGCAAAGAUGAACUCUUUCCAACGAAAUUGCCGGAUAUGGGCGGCAGACCUUUACGCGUGUGCCUGUAUCACGAUGAGGUGCGCGCGAUUUUCGAAGAUGAGCGCGACGACCAACACGUUAUUGGAAGUGAUGCUCUGAUGUCGCAGUUCGUUGCGCAACGGUUGAACGCUACGCGUAUCAUACGCCGAGUUAGUAGGUACGGUAACUUCACACUAAAAGCAGAUAUUUGUUUCCAAGAAAUCGCAAAUGAAAUAGACGAUGUGGCGUUUAAUGUACGUUUUUUGGCAGCGCCAAGUUUCUCACAACAAGCCGAAUAUACGAUCGUUCACAGUCGGGAUAGUUUAUGCGCUUUGGUGCCGAAGGCGAAAAUMGCGACAACAUUUUGGAAUCUAUUUCGUUCGUUCACUAUUCCCGUUUGGCUGACGAUUUUGCUGUCGAUACCACUCGCSUAUACCUUUUGUAACAUGGUACACCUGCGCCUGAACCAAUCCGAAUUCGAUCUACUGCAACUAUAUGCCAUCACCUUAACAAUGCCAUUAACACGUAUACCCAGACGCACUUCGCUACGCAUUUUCCUAUUCUUCUGGCUGUUCUACGGUAUGCUAAUUUGCAAUACCUUUAAAGGCAAUCUCACAAGCAGCCUUGUUUUUCGCACAUAYCUUGAUGAUGUGAAUACCUUUAAGGAUUUGGCUGAGUCACCAUAUAAUUUGCUAGCAUAUAGCAGAUAUACGAAACAUUUGGAUAAUUUUCUGAAUGACAGUGAACCAAACGAAGCCAUUAUCAGACGUAAAGUAGUUGUUGUGCCGGACAAAGUACUUUUGACUGGCAUAAAAACGAAUAACCUCUCGUACGCCUAUGUUCAGAAGUAUCACUUUGCUGAAUUCUAUGCGAAUGCGCGCAUUCACUAUUCUCGCGGCAGACCCUUAUACCACGUGAUGUCCRCUUGCUUGGUACCGUUUCACGCUGUCUACAUCGUGCCAUAUGGGUCGCCUUAUUUGGGUUUCAUCAACAAGCUAAUACGCAGCUCGCACGAGUUCGGUUACGCUGAGCAYUGGAAAAGCCUCAUGAAUGCAGCCUUUAUAGAGUCGGGCAAGAAAAGUAUACGCGAUGUGCGGAAUGAUGACGAUCCAGUUGUGCUUAAAUUGGGACAUUUUCAGGCAGCUUUCGUUAUAUUAUGGGUUGGACUCACAAUAGCAUCAAUUGCAUUUGUGUGGGAAAUGUUGAAACAACCAAACUUUAAGCGGGUUCUUAGAAGUUUAUAUUAG